AAAGUCACGUUUUGCUUAACAGUGAUAUUUCGUUUUCCGGGAGUGAUGAACGACCCGCUUAGGUACUUGAUUAAAACAAUUUAAAAACAGAAAGCUGACCGUGCUGUAACUUCAUUUGGACGUGUGGUUUCUCAGAUGUGAACACAAUUAUGCUGACUUUCUUAGUUUUGUGGACCGUUGUAUUGGUCUCAAAAAGCUAUGGAGAUUUACAAUGUGUCGAAAACCCGGUGGAUCUUGUGUUCAUAAUCGAUUCAUCAUCUAGCAUUUUCCCAAACGAAUAUGUUCGUCAGUUGGAGUUUCUGGAAACCAUCGCUGGAGCGCUAGAUGUCGGCCAUCUUCAAAACCAGUCGAGGGUUGGAGUCAUUUCUUUUAGCGAUGAGCCACGAUUGGAGUUUACUUUAAAUCAGUACACCGAGAGAUCAGAACUGAUCGCGGCAAUUAGGAGAAUCAACUACCUUUCUGGUGGAACGAACACGGCAGCUGCCAUUCAACUUGCUUUGGAGACCAUGUUCAAUGAGGAAAGUGGUGCUAGAGAAGAAGCUAAAGAUAUCAUCAUAGUCAUCACUGAUGGAGAAAGCUUUUCUGAAUCUGCAACCAAAGCAUCGGCUCAAAAUGCAAGAGAACUGGGUAUCUUUGUGCUUGCAAUCGGCGUUGGUGUCAACGUUAAUGUGAGAGAAUUGAACCUUAUUACAGGAAAUCCGGAACAUGUGUACCAAGUGUUGAAAUUUGAAGAUCUCAGAGAUAUAACAGAGACUUUGAUAAAUAAGACGUGCACAGAAACAUUUAUUACAACAAGUCUUCCAGCUGUACAGAAAGAUUUGCCUCAUAACGAAUCAUCCACUUUCGAAAGUUGUGAUGAAAAGCCAGCAGAUGUUCUGUUUUUGUUGGAUUCUUCCAGCAGUAUCCAUCGCAAUGAUUUCAAGAAACAACUAAACUUCGUGAAAACAAUCGUGAGUGCGUUCGACAUUGGCCCGGAAAAGACAACUGUUGGGGUUUCUACUUUUAGCGAUGACUUUCGACUCGUCUUCAACCUCAACGACUUCACAACUAAAGAGGAUAUUUUAGGUGCAGUCGAUAAUGUUCCAUAUCUCAGAGGCGGCACCGACACUGGAUUUGCCCUUAAAAAUAUCAGAGAGUACGGAAUCAGAUUAGCUCGCUCUAAUGUUGCCCAUAUUUUAAUCGUUGUAACGGAUGGACUGUCACGUGAUCCAUCUGACACUCUUUUACAAGCAAGUUUGCUGAAAGAAAUCGGAAUCAAUAUUUUUGCAAUUGGUGUUGGACCUUUCAUCGACAAAAAGGAACUGAUAUCGAUGGCAAGUUCUCCAACAGAAGAUCUUAAUUUUGUCUUCGAUGUAUCUACGUACGAUGCUUUGAAAUCUGUUGAAAACCUUCUUGCCAAAAGGACUUGUCAAAUUGCUGCAAAGCAAAUGGAUAGUUACGCGCUCUGUAUUAUGGAGAAACCUGUCGACAUUUUGUUUGUAUUUGAUUCGGCAGCAAUAGGUUAUCAGGACACCAAACUAAUUUUGAAUAUAAUCCAGAGUUUUCAGAAACUUCGAUUUGAAAAUGCAGCAGACAUACACGUUGGAGUUGUUUCCUACUCGUGCACUUCAAAUGGCGACUUUCACUUUCAACCCCCCAACGAUAACCUGUUGAUAUCAUUUGACAAAUUCGCAUCACUCCUCAAACGAGCAAAAACCUUUGAAAAUGGUGCUAGAAGCAACGCAGUGCGGGUAAUGGUUCUUUUGAUAGACCGCCCCUUGACAAAUGAAGAUGAACUGGAGAUUCUUGAAAUUAAGACCAUGGUUGAUAGGUUGUACAUGAUCUACCUUGGGGAAAACCAUACAAAAGAAAACACACUUACCAUUUCCUCGCUGAAUGCGCAGUCAGUAUUUAUGAAAAGUAUGAAUGAAACUGAAGAUCUCUCCAAUUAUCUCCAAAACGAGCUGUGUUUUGAUAUCGAUUGACCAUACUAUAAUACUCAACGAUUCAAGAUAUUAAUGA